AAUACCAAUUCCAGAGUUUCAGAUCUGGUUCAUAAUCCGGUUAGGGAGGGGCUGGGCGGGGCCUCCUUCGAAGGAAGAGGCGUUGUUAGAAAGCUGUGAGACGGUCUCUGACUGUCACUACUGGGGUUUAAGCCUUGUAGUAGUUGCCUGAGCAAGGAUUCCGGCGUGUGGGUAGCAUUUUAAAUGAAGACUAGCUUCAUUUGGCGUUUGAGUGGAAUCUGCGAACAGAGGCGCUCGUCUUCCGGAUUGCCGAAAACUAUGAGAGUUGCAGCGACGAUUGUCACUUGCCUCAGGGAGCCCGCAAAAGCGCGGCGACAGUUUCUGAGAAUGGGCGGUAGCAAGAGGUCCGACUAGCCCCGGGGUUUUAGUGAGAAGGGCAGCGGAACGCAGACAGGGACCGGGAGCUUCACAGCGUGCACCGAUUUGAAGGCAGCAAAGUCGGGAGAUACAACGUGUAAUAGAACCACUUCUGCAGCCGCAGCCACCCUAGGGCCGGACUUGGGAGCACUCUGCCUCUCCAGCGCUCGCUGGGACAGCAACUGAAGGCCUCUCUCGGAGAACUUGGCCACUUCGGAGACCAGAUCCCUUCAGCUACCUUUUCCUGCCCUCCCCACUUGCAUCAGAGACGUAAGGACCGCCACCCUUCCCCUGACGACAGGAUGAAGGGCAAAGACGGGAGCUGACCAGCGCCGCCUCUUCCCGACUCGACUCAGGAGGUGGAGAUCCCUCAGGUCCAGCCAAAUCCAACACCCAUUUUCUCCUCCCUCUGUCCCUAUAUUCCCGACACCCCCUCCUUCUUCGCCUAUCCCUCCUCCCUAGAGACGGGGGAGGAGAAAAGGGGAGUCCAGGUCGUCAUGACUGAGCUGAAGGCAAAGGAUCCCCGGGCUCCCCACGUGGCGAGCGGCGCAAACUCCCCCACCGAGGUCGGAUCCCCCUUGCUGUGUCGCCCGGACGCUGGGCCCUUCGGAAGGAGCCAGACCUCGGACGCCUCGCCCGGCGUCUCGACCAUACCCAUCUCCCUGGACGGGCGGCUCUGCCCUCCGCCCUGCCAGGGACAGGACUUUCCAGACGGGAAAGCGCAGGACCCGCCGUCGCUGUCAGACGUGGAGGGCGUGUAUUCUGCCGUCGAAGGCGCAAGGGGUGCAGGAGGCGGCAGCUCCAGACUCCCAGAAAAGGACAGUGGGCUUUUGGACAGCGUCUUGGACACGCUUCUGGCGCCGUCGGGGCCCGGGCAGAGUCACGCCAGUCCUCCGGCUUUCGAGACCACCAGUCCUUGGUACCUGUUUGGCGCGGAGCUUCCCGAAGGCCCCCGAGCUGCCCCCGACACCCAGGGCGUGCUGCCUCAGCUCAUGAGCCAGACGGGGGGCAAGGCCGGCGACAGCUCCGGGAUGGCAGGUGCCCACAAGGUGCUGCCCACGGGCCUGUCACCGUCCCGGCAGCUGCUGCUCCCGCCCUCGGGGAACCCUCCCUGGCCCGGGGCCGCAGUGAAGCCGGCUCCUCAGCCCGCAGCGGUGGUGGAGGUGGAGGAGGAGGAGGAUGGCCCGGAGUCCGAGGGCUCGGCGCGUCCGCUGCUCAAGGGCAAACCUCGGGCUCUGGGAGGCACGGGGGGGAGCUACGACGGCGUGGCCGCGGCCGCAGGAGCCCUCGCCCCGCCGCGGGGCUCGCCCUCCGCCUCCUCCGCGCCGGCGUCCAGCGGCGACUUCCCCGACUGCGCGUACCCGCCCGACGCCGAGCCCAAGGACGACGCGUUUCCCCUCUUCAGCGACUUCCAGCCGCCCGCCCUGAAGAUCAAGGAGGAGGUCCCGGCCGCCGCGAGGGGGUGGGCGGCCGCUCACCCCGCCGCGCUCGGGGCCGUGCGCCUCCCUUCUUCCUUCGCGGGGGCACACAGUGGGCACAGAACCCGCGGCUUUCGGAGCGCCUUCCCCAAGCACCCCCGCCCCACCGUUCCUGGGCCGCGCGAGGUUCCCGGCUGGAGGUGUGCAGCGUCGCGGCCGGAUUCAGAAGCCAGCCAGAGCCCACAGUACAGCUUCGAAUCAUUACCUCAGAAGAUAUGUUUAAUCUGUGGGGAUGAAGCUUCAGGCUGUCAUUAUGGUGUCCUAACCUGUGGGAGCUGUAAGGUCUUCUUUAAAAGGGCAAUGGAAGGUCAGCAUAACUAUUUAUGUGCUGGAAGAAAUGACUGUAUUGUUGAUAAAAUUCGCAGAAAAAACUGCCCAGCAUGUCGCCUUAGAAAGUGCUGUCAGGCUGGCAUGGUCCUUGGAGGUCGAAAGUUUAAAAAGUUCAAUAAAGUCAGAGUCAUGAGAGCACUAGAUGCUGUUGCCCUCCCACAGGCAGUGGGCAUUCCAAAUGAAAGCCAAGCCCUAAGCCAGAGAAUCACUUUUUCACCAAAUCAAGAUUUACAGUUGGUCCCCACAUUGAUCAACCUGUUAAUGAGUAUUGAGCCGGAUGUGAUCUAUGCAGGACAUGACAACACAAAACCUGACACCUCCAGUUCUUUGCUGACGAGUCUUAAUCAACUAGGCGAGAGGCAACUGCUUUCAGUAGUAAAGUGGUCUAAAUCACUGCCAGGUUUUCGAAAUUUACAUAUCGAUGACCAGAUAACUCUCAUUCAGUACUCUUGGAUGAGCUUAAUGGUGUUUGGACUAGGAUGGAGAUCCUAUAAACACGUCAGUGGGCAGAUGCUGUAUUUUGCACCUGAUCUAAUACUAAAUGAACAGCGGAUGAAAGAAUCGUCAUUCUAUUCAUUAUGCCUUACCAUGUGGCAGAUCCCACAGGAGUUUGUCAAGCUUCAAGUUAGCCAAGAAGAGUUCCUCUGUAUGAAAGUAUUGCUACUUCUUAAUACAAUCCCAUUGGAAGGACUAAGAAGUCAAAACCAGUUUGAAGAAAUGAGAUCCAGCUACAUCAGAGAGCUUAUCAAGGCAAUUGGUUUGAGGCAAAAAGGAGUGGUUUCUAGCUCACAGCGCUUCUAUCAACUUACCAAACUUCUUGAUAACCUGCAUGAUCUUGUCAAACAGCUUCAUCUGUACUGCCUGAACACAUUUAUCCAGUCCCGAGCACUGAGUGUUGAAUUUCCUGAAAUGAUGUCAGAAGUUAUAGCUGCACAGUUACCCAAGAUCUUGGCAGGGAUGGUGAAACCACUUCUCUUUCAUAAAAAGUGAAUGUCAUUUUUUCUUGAAAAAAGUAAAUUUUGUGGUAUGUCUUUUUGUUUGGGUCAGGACAACGAGGUCUGGAGCUUUUAUAAUGUUCUUCUGAAAGCCUUACAUUUAUAACACAUCAUGCUGUGUAAAUUUAAGGAAAAAAGUGAAGUUCUAAUUAUUUUCCUUUAUCAAGCAUAAAUAGAAUUUUUAAAGUGUUUCUGUGUACUCAGAUUUUAAGAGUUUACAAGAUUGAAAAAGUACUAUAAUUAAUUGUUGAAGUAAACUGUAUCUGUUUUUG